AUGUCGCGAAGACAUACACAAGCCCUAGGCACAUCAGAGGCCACUUGUCUUGGUGAGCUGUCACCCAUGCACACACAGCAAGUUCCAACAUCCUCAAUCUCCUUGUUUACCACUCCUGAAGGCACAGGAGCAAGAAGACAUCCACUCGCCAUGAGGUCCUUCUUCAUACUGAUCUUCACUCUAUUGUUGGUGUCCCAUGGAUCUUCAGCUGUCAUCACAGGGGCCUGUGAGAGAGACUCUCAAUGUGGAGGGGGGAUGUGUUGUGCCGUGAGCUUGUGGAUCCGUAGCCUGCGUAUGUGCACACCAAUGGGACAGGAGGGAGAUGACUGCCACCCUUUGAGCCACAAGGUUCCUUUCUUUGGAAAACGACUCCACCAUACAUGCCCCUGCCUUCCCAACUUAUCAUGUAUCACUAUAGAGGAAGGGAGAUCCCAGUGUCUCUCACCAUUCAAUUAUCCAAACUAUAUCUAAGGAUAAACAGUUACUCUGUUUGAUACCUUCACUGCAACUACCCCCUUCAGCUUUGUGGGUUUUAGUAUAUUUUCAAUAAAAGCUUUAUUUAACAUGA